AUGGCCCUGAGCCUGGGGAAUACCCAAGGAUGGUCCUAUGGGGAUGUUACUCAAUCACAAGCUCCCGCUCCGUCAGCCCCAGCCUCUCAUUUUGAAGCACGGGAGGGUCCAACGCCCGCGCAAUGGCAGGCGGUGAGGGAGGAAAUCAGGGUGCUCUACGAAAAGAAACCAUUGAAAGACGUCAAGAGGAUACUAGAGCGUCGGGGCUUCAGAGCGACUGAACGCAUGUAUAAAGCACGACUUGCCACUUGGGGAUUUUCAAAGAAUUACUCUGACCGUGACUAUCAAAUAUGCGCGGUUCUCCACUACAUCCGUCUAAACAGUGGUAAGCAGGCCACGACUUUCGAGAUCCAUGGCCAUAAACGAUCUCUCAAGGACCUGCACAAGUAUAUCAAAGGCAGGAAGAUGUCCGAAGAGGAAUUCCUGGCGACAGCACUGAAAAACAUCCACUGUAGAAGCCAGGAAGAGCAGGAACGAGACCAGCAGUAUGCUCAUGUCAGGUCAUUUACGCCAGAGGUGGAUGUCGAGCUUGAACUUGCUGCUCAUUCAAGUUCCCCAACCAAACCCUCCUUAGGCACGCUGGGGGAAAUUGCCAAGUCCUCACCCUCGCCCACUCGCACCGACCCUGUUUCGGGCGCUUGGAUAGGGACCCUCGGGAAUCCUAGGCCCGCUUCCACCCACCGUGGAUCGCCCACCUCGGAGACAUCACCCCACGAAAGGACUUCGCCCGUAUUUUGGUCUUCAUUUCAGGCUGCAACACAAUUGACACCAUCCACGCAACAAAGUCCCGCUAAUCAGUCUCCAUCGAGGGAUAAUGGCUCUAUCGCGUGGGGCCCGAAUUUGCAACGCCAAUACGAGUCCUCAUCCCCGUUCGAACUUCCGUAUGCUUACUCGUCUGCAACCGCAAAUCCUUCUCUAGGAGCCACAGACGAUCAUCUUCGCUAUGCUGGGUCUCUACACAACAUCCAGACCCCCGCCAUGUCGUGCCAACACCUUGGGAGAAACGUCGAGUACAUGGCCUUACAGGUUGUCGACGCACCUUCACUGAAAUCAAUAUCUGGUUACGAUGACAUUCCUGCGUGGAGACUGAUUUCCGAUACUUCUUCCCCGGAGAGCAGCGAUUUCGAGCAGAUUUGUCCGCAUUGCAAUGAUCCGACAAACAAUCAUUUUAUCAGUCUUACCAAUUUAGAACUUCCCCAACAGUCCCGCAGUAUACUGAACCCAACACCUAACGUGUCCAAGGACACGAUACAAGUCCCUGGAUCUUCACGCCAUGACCAUUCCUGGAAGUGGGUAGCGCGGUCUUUUUCUGCAUGUAUUUACCUCAACCGCGGCAACGAUACGUUAUCUCAGAGAAGCUUGGCUGAUGCCGACCACGAGUUUGAGCGCAUGCUCGUCCCACACCAGGAUCCGAAAGUCAUCCUUGCCCUUAAUCAGACUCUUUCGAUAUUGCACAUGCAUGACGAGGGUGAAAUCACAAAGGCAAUCAUGAGGUCCGCUUUCAAGGUCGCUGAGCGAGUCCUAGGUCUCGAGAACCCUCUGACCGUUUUAGUCCGAUGGAUGGUAUUAGUGGCAGAUCUCGAAGUCAAGAAGGGCGAAAUCUCCAGUGAUGCAAUACUCAACUCGCACAAUCACUUUGUUCGACUUCACGGACGCGACGACCCACGAUCAAUUGCCUCCUUGUACUGUUACGGUUACAUGCUGAAUGUCGAACGACGGCUCGAGCAGGCCGAGGAAGUUCUCAAGGAAGUAUACGAACUAUCAAAGUCCGUCCUAGGACCACGGCAUCUGCAAUCCAUCUCAGCACUGACCAAUCUCAGUCGGUGUGCUGAGCGACAAGGUCGAACCGAUGAGGCCAUCGGAAUGCUAAAACAAGCUCUGGAGGAUGCCAGAGACACCUUAGGUGCCAGCCAUCCGAGACGCCUCGAGAGUAUGCGAAAUUUAGCGUUACUGUACGAGAAGCAGGGAAGACUGGACGAGACGGAGGAGAUUUAUUGGUUUGUACUUGAAGGGAGGAUCAAGAUGCUGGGAAGAUCACACAGCUACACCUUGGGUAUGAAGCGAGAUUUAGAGAUUCUGUUACGAAAGCGCGGAAAGUGGGGCGCAGAGAAACCAGUCGACGAAGAGGGCCAGCAACCAGAAGAAGCUUCUCCCAAGGGCAAGGGCAAUGUCAAACACCAAGCGGACAACAUGAACAUUGACCAGCUGGAAACACCGGAGCAGAUUCGUCUGCAAGAUCUUUGGGAUUGGGAUCCCAAUGAAAAAUGGGAAUCCACCGAGUCAAGGGCCCGACGACGGUCGGAAGGUGCUGCUGCAAGACUACUGCGUCUCAACACCAGUCCUCUCAUAGAUCCAAGCCCACCAAUUCUGGACAACAUCAGUUCUGAUUGGGAUCGGAUGGACUCAGAUGUCAAGAGCCUUGGAGAAAGUGACGACUCUGGAAGCGUCCACGAAGCAUUCUGA